AUCUAUUUAUACGAACGCCACGCGCCCAAUUGAAUCUGUCCAUCUGCCCUGCCAGUCCUGGCUUCGCAUACCACACCCGCACACUCACACACACAAAUGCACCCACCGUAUGUCUGUCUGUGUGCAUGGUGUCCGGAGCAUCGAUCGCAUCCAUCGUCUGGCGGUCUGUGUCUUCACCACUGUUUUCGUCUCCCCCUCUCGCGACUGGGAAAAAAAGUGUAAUGACAACGGUCACCAGUCACAGCAGGUUGCAUUGUAAAAAGUGGCUGUCGCCAUGGCCGUAAGUAGGCAUGCUGGCAGGCUGUUGCCGUCCGAUACACCCACACGGAGCGGCAAGUAAGUGGCCCUUGUACAAAAACCGCGAAAGGCGGAAAAACCGCACACACGACUAGAGCUUGUGUUUCUCCCACUCUGCCCACCACCACAAAAACAAGGGUGCCUCUCUGCCCGUCUGACAAACGACGCACAACAGACAGACAGACAGACAGACAGGCUAAGACGCAUCGACGGGACAGCACAGACAGACAGGCAGACUUCACUACAGACAGACAAACAAACAAGAAUGAAGGACGACCCAAGAUGAGCGUUGGUUGGUGUGGAUUUGUAAUCCAGUUGACCUCACUAGAAACAAACACAGGCCGGGUGGGCGGGCGGGUCAGCACUGACCGCAGCCACACACCACAACCAAACCACGCACACAACACAGUGGACGGACGGACGGAUGGACGGAGGAACAUUGGGCAAAAAAGCCUCACACACACAUACACCCUCGGUCGUUCAUGCAGCCAAUCGGUGUCCCUGACUAAGUCAGUGGCCGUUGGCCAUCACGGGCUCUCCGAUGGGCUCGUGUGAGGCGAUAGGGAAGGACGCGUUGGGCUUGUCGAACAGCGACAGGAAGUCCUUCAGCACACCGAAGUCGCCCUCCACAGCGAAGUUGCCUCCAGCCAACACCUCUUCUACCUUCUCGGGCUCCCCCUUGCUGCACACAACACAACACAACACAACACACAGCACUUGGGAGGUCGGACACACUCACACACAUGCACACACACAGAGAGGUGUACCUCAUGAGCAUUUGCUGGAAGGCCGCGCGUGUGGCUAUAAUCUCGAUGGGCUCGUCGGUGUCAGUUCCGAGUGUGUGCCCCUCGUUGUGCGCCAGGAUCCCGUUCCGCACCGCCGCGGUGUACUUGAGGGGCUGCGGGAAGUCGGUGAAGGUCCACUGGAUCGUCAGCGACACGCCGAAUGCGCGAGGGCCAUUCAGCCAAAUGCCGAGAAGGUCAAACACAGUGGGCACAUCCAUCUGCACACACCACACCCAUGCAUGAGGCCUGGGGUGUCUUUGUUUGUCUGUUUGAUGCAUUCAGGUGCGUAAGUUACUUAUGUUACUUACAAUGUCGAAUUUGACGCCUGAUGUGGUGGACAGGUCGCCGCCCUUCCGAGCGGCCUCCCCACGCAGCUCCUGAGCCGCGCACAGAUAGGCAUUCCGCCACCUGCAUAGCAUACACACACAGUUCACCAGCCAGAGCAACCACACCACACGGACAAUAAAUCCAAACACACACACGCCAGCCUGCCUCUGUGUGGUGUGAUGCUCUCUGUCUGUCGUUGACUGACUGACGUACGUGGCAUUCUCUGCCUGGUAGCCCAGCUGUGUGUACGCCUUGGCGGCCAGCUGGCGUGCUGCGGCAUGGUGCGGCAAUGCCCAGAUGACAUGAUCCAGCACCUGCACCACCCAACGGUAGUUGCCCUGGUCGAAGUCCGCCUGCGCCUUGGCCAUGACGGCCUCCACGCCGCCCAUGUACUCCAGCAUCUUGACGCCGCUCUCUCUGCAAUGAAUGGGACGCACGCAAACGAAGAGAUGUGAUGUCUUUCUUGUCGUGUGCAGGUCGAUGGUGUGUGAGGUGUACCUACCGUGGCAUGAGUGGGUCAAGGUGGCAAGGAUUGGCGUCGUACCAACCGAGGUAGAAGGUGUAGAUGCCGCGCACGUUGUGCUUGACGCUGCCAUAGUAGCCCCUGCAGUACCACUCGCUUGACAGCGAAGGCGGCAACUCUAUCAAAUUGGCAAUUUCGACCUAAAUCAAUCAGGCACAGAGGGAGGGGAGGCAUCCUGCCUGCCUGGGUGCCUGCGUCCGUCCGAGUGUCUAAGUCGCCCACCGGUGUGUAGCCUUGGUUCAUGAGCCUGAGCGUCUCGUCGUGCAUGUACUUCAAGACGUCGGCCUGCUUGACCAAGCGUAGCAGUACUGGUGAUGACGAGGUUGAGUGAUUUGAGUGAUUUGAGUGUGUGCCUUGAUGCAGGUAUCAAUUCUCACCUGCUUGGUCAGAUAGCCAUGCACCUCAGCAGCACCGAACACAGGCGCGUUGUGCCCGCCACACAAUGUCUCCAUCUCUGGGAAGUGCUGCAGAGCCGCGCGAAGGCUCAGAGACCACUGCCGGGAGUUGCGCGUCAUCGCACCGCUGAACACACACACACACACACACAUAAGGAUCUCCGCAGCCGCAUCGACGUGCAUCUAUGCGUGUGUGUAGUCGGCUGCAAGAUACAUCACACACACACCGGAUUGUGUAGACAUUCUGCAGCGCGCAGUAGGCGUUGUCGGCCACGAAGAAGACCUUGUCCUCAGGCACGUACAGAUGCAUGUUGGCCGGGGCCUCGCCAGGCGCAAUCUGGAACCACACCUCCAGCCCGUCGAUGACGUGCUUCUCAACCCCCUUGAUGAUGAUGGUCGGUGGAAUCAUCCGCACAGUGCCCGUCUCUGUGGUUUUGCCGAGGGCGCAGUCCACCAUACCUGUGGGGUGGCCUCAGUGCAUGCACAUAUUCAUGAAUCGGUAUUCAUGAAUGAAGCAGCUAACUAACAGCACGGCAUGUGAUAUCGUCGGCCGUGUGACCAUACCUGUGGAUCCGUGGGGAAGUAUGCUGCCGUACAUGAACCUGCACACACACGGCAUGGCAUGGCCGCCGGUGGACUGACUGGACACACAGGGUGGUAGGGUUCCUCCGUACCUACCGUGCUCGUCGGCUCAUGGCGGGUCCUGCAAAGAUGUUCUCACUCACGGCGUGCUCGACGAACGUGUCGGGGGCAUAGAUGGGCAGCGACCGGCGCUCGGCCUCAGCCGCACUCACAACGCCCUCAGCACCUGCAGGCACACGACCAAGCACAUUCAUUCAUUGCAGCGAGUAUUCAUUGCAUCAUCUGCCUGCCUAUGUGCUGUGGUUGUGUAUGUCACUCACCUCCGAAGUGGUCUGCGUGUGCGUGUGAAUAGACCAUGGCCACCACAGGUUUGUCACCCAGAUGCUUCCGGACCAACUCCAUGUUGUCAGCCGCCUUCUCUGCACUGAUGUUGGGGUCGAUGAUCUGCACACAAGACACGCCAGACAGAAAGCAUGCAGCCAAUCAUCAUACAGCUGCAUGGCCGUGUGGGUGCGUCCCGCCGCUAUGCGUCGUCCUCUCUCUCUCCCCCUCUCCCUCCCUCCCUCCCUCCCUGCUCAUUGCAUUGCCUCCCUCCCUCACCACAUAGCCGGUGUUGGUGAUGAGAAUGGUCAUGUUGCUGAGGGACUGCCCCCGCACCUGGUACACGUGCUCACUCACACGAAACAGCCCGCGCACGCUGUUCUUGCAGGCCUCACGCCACAAAGCUGCAAGCCAAGCCAAGCCAUCCAUUGCAUACAUAAGACCACACACGUGUACGUGUAGACACCGACCGCAUAGCGUCGCACUCGGACAUGCUCACUCACAUGGAUUGACAGUGGGCGGCACGGCUCCGUCCUUCCACACUUGCUUGUCGAACUCUCGGCUCGUCCAGAUCUCCCCCGCCCCGUCAGCAGUCCUCACCGUGCAGUCAUCGUUCCGUGCCACAAAGCCCUUGUGCCCGCUCUCGAGAUCAGAAGCAUCGUGAAAGUUGAGGCCAGACGUGGUGUAGAACGCUGCGUUGGCCUCUUUCGUCGCGGCGGUGGCUGAGUCGACCACACUCAUCAUCUUCAGAAGAAAGGACAGCUCAAGUGGGGCACUGCAGAAGUGAAAGAUCUCUCGCUGAAGAAUCACGUGGCUGCUGGAAGCAGUGCCAGGUGCCCUCUUAGGCUGCUCUUUCGUCCUUCUGUUGAGAAAUUGAG